AUGUUGGCCCGGAUCAUCAAAGACGGUUGGCCCAAUGAAUUCGGACAGGUACCAAACUGCCCGAGAACCUUUUGGUCUUACAGAGACGAACUAGGCACCGUCAACGGUAUAGUCUUCAAGGGUCGACAAGUAGUCGUACCCAAGGCACUCCAAGAAGACAUCUUGAGACAACUACAUACCAGCCACAUGGGCAUUGAGAAGACCAGGCGGCUCGCCAGGGACUGUGUGUAUUGGCCAGGAAUAAACAAGGACAUAGAAAACAUUGUCAAAACCUGCCAAGCAUGUCAAGAGAAUCAGGAUCAACAGCAGAAAGAGCCACUCGAACCACAUGAGGUUCCUCCAACUCCAUGGACAAAGCUUGCUGCAGAUCUGUUUCACCUAGAUGGUACAGACUUUCUCCUCAUCACUGACUACCACUCCAAAUUCCCAGUCAUCAGGAGGAUGCACAGUGCGACUAGCACUGCAGUCACUACAGUGAUGAAAGAAGCGUUCAGCAUGUUUGGAGUACCUGCAGAGGUUGUAUCGGACAACAGCCCUCAGUUCAGUGGCAAACCAUUCCAAGAGAUGUGUGCAAAAUGGAACAUUAAGCAUACAACUUCAUCGCCACGAUAUCCUCGCUCGAAUUGUCUUGCAGAGAGAAUGGUACACACGGUGAAAUCAAUGAUCAAGAAAUGCAGACAAACAGGACAGGAUCUCCUGGAAGCACUCUUGCAUCUUCGUGCAACGCCACAAGCAGACUUACCAUCUCCUGCUGAACUAAUGUACGGACGAAAAGUAAAAACAACGCUCCCAGGUCGCAGCUACGGAUAUCCACACAACGAUAUGCACGACCAAAUCCAACAAAGAAGGGAGAAAAUGAAGCAUGACCAUGACAAACAUGCUGGUAAAGAACUACCCAAGUUAACCGUUGGUCAGAGAGUAAGGAUGCUGGAUACAGAUGAUAACACAUGGAUUCCGGCCAGAGUGUCUCGAGUGUGUGAAGCACCAAGAUCAUACGAAGUCACCACUCCUAAUGGAAGGACACUACGACGAAACCGGUCACACCUCAGAGAGAUGUUCACAAGCCAGCCAAAGAGUGACACCUCGUCAGCUAGUCUUGAUCCACGGAGACUAGACCUUGAGGAUGAAGAGGCAAAAGAGACCGAUAACCAAACACCACACACACACACUUCAGACAGAACUCCAAACUCUCAAUCUGAUAGACAUACAUACACCACACGGUAUGGCCGCCAAAUCCACCGACCAGUUCGCUGCAGAAAUCACACACAUUAA